UUAGGAUUGAAUUUACAUUUCAGUUAAGUGUCUGUCACAGUUCGUAAGUUUAAUUUAUCAAAAUAUUAUAAUUUUACACUAUUAAACAAUAUAACUUUUAAAAAAUGUUUAAGUUGCGUAGUAAAUUUCAAUUCUUAAGUAUCAGUUUAUGAAAAUGACAAUAAUACAUUAACUGUUAGUGUAGGCAUAUAUUUUGCUGUUUAAAGGAAUACCAUCAAUAUGGGAGGGUGAAUAAUCAUUGUGCAAUAUGGACUUUAAUUAAACUGGUACAAGCUGUAACUGAAAAUGGCUGAAACUUAUUUGAAAAUAUUGCUAAGUCUAGCAUUUAUAUAUAAUGUGGAUACCGAGACUUGGAAUGUUAAUUCACUUAAGAACGCAAAGCUCGUAUGUGAUUAUGACAAAGACAUGCUGAGGUUAGACAUACGUGAGGGAUUUGUAGAGUCAGAAGUAAUACAUUGCCUCGAGACAUACCCAGAGACAGAAACACUCGUAUUUACAAACAGUCGAUUAAAAACAAUUCCCGGGUAUUUGAGCAGUCUGAAAAAUCUUGAUACUUUGGAUUUAUCUUUUAAUGAACUAGUAUCUGUAUCAUUUAUUGGACUUGAAAGGACCUGUGUAAGGCUAAAACGGCUCGUUCUUGAUAGUAAUGCAAUUCGUGUCUUACGAAAAGGAAGUCUGGACUGUUUAGAAUCUCUGCAAAAAUUUUCUAUCGCAAACAACAGUCUAGAACGAAUUGAAAAUGGAACGUUCAAUACCAAGUUAAAGUCAAUAGAUUACAUCCAUUUAGUGAAUAACAGUUUAACACAACUUGAUAGUAGUUUAUACAGCAAACUUUUACUGUAUUCAAAUAUUCGUCUGAUGGUAAAUGCGUCUUUUAACAGAAUAACGGGAGUCACAAAUUCAUUAAAUGUUUCUAUAAAUGACAUUUCUAGUUCAUCCAGUAUAUUAGCUAUCCUUCUCCAUAAUAAUAUCACAAGAUUGAAUACAGAAUAUUAUUUCAAAAAAUUUAACGUCACACAUCCUUUUCCACAAUUGUUAAGAUUAUGGAAUAGUGGUUUUGAUGCAAGGUUCAAUCCAUUCAUUUGUGACUGCUCGCUUUAUCCCUUGUCGGAAGCGCUAAGGAACUUUUACAAAAUGGAUCCGGACAAUCCAGUGUUUUCAAUCACUUGUGGAUCACCUCGUGCCUUAGACGGAAUGAUGGUGAGAAAAGUUAAUGAAGACCAAUUUAACUGCUCAGUAACUCAGAAUUGUCCUGAAUCCUGCACGUGUACAGAAACUAUAGCACUUGAUCUCGUCACAAUUCGUUGCAAUGAUGAUUACCUUGGCAGUGAUUUACCUACAUCAUUUCCAGCAGCAGGAAAGCUGCAUAUAGAUAUGAAGUCUACACAAAUGACCAAACUUUCUUCUAGGACAUAUCUUCAAAAUGUAACAGUUCUUGACGUAUCGGGAUGCUCAAUCACCGACAUUGAUCCGUCCAUUGUAAACACACUUGAUGGAGGUAUAAUUAAGACAAUUUUCCUUCAUGACAAUAACUUAAAAUAUAUACCCAGGACAUUUCAAAGUCUCAAUUUCACGGAAGGAGAAAUCUUGACAAUUGAUGGGAACCCAUUCAUAUGCGACUGCCAUUCACUAUGGAUGAAAAAAUGGCUUCUGUCCAAUAAGAAUCAUGUCGUUUAUCAAGACAAAAUUAAAUGCACAGCUGGAUCUGAUGCCGAUAGACCAGUUAUUACAAUACCAGACAAUCAAUUUACAUGCGGAACCGGACUUUCUUUAAAAGACGUUUUCAUAAUUACAUUAGGCUCAUUGGCUGGCUCUGUGUUACUUGCUACUCUCAUCGUUUGUAAAAUCAAUAGCAUUCAAGUUGUUCUGAUAUCAAAUUUUGGGAUAUGUAAAUAUUGUUUAAGGAGAAGGAAACAGCGACGUUUGCAAUACGAUAUAUUCAUUGCACAUUCUUGUGAUGACGACGUAACCAUUACUAAAAUCGUUGAUUUCUUGGAAAACCAGACACCGCCAUAUAAAGUUUGCAUAGCGGAGAGAAAUUUUCGCAUCGCUAGGCCAAUUCCCGAGAAUAUUCUAAGUGCGAUUGAAUCCAGUCAUACAACUUUACUGGUUAUUUCCAAUAGCUUCCUUCGAAGCGCCUGGUGUAAUAUGGAAUUCCGUGAGGCUCACAUGAGGUUUCUGAAAGACAGGAAUGUAAAUAUGGUGCUUAUUGUGUUAGAAGAACUUGAUAAAGAACUUAUUUACGAAGAAUUACGUCUAUACUUACAGACACACGUUUAUCUUAAAUUUACAGACAAAUAUUUUUGUGCCAAACUCUUACAAAACAUUCCUAUCAUGAUACAAAGUGACAAAGAAACAGACCCAUUACUUCCGAAGUAGUUUAGAAAAAAAGUUUAUCAAAAGAACAAAGUAGUAUAUAAUAGGGAUUAGUUAUCGUCUGUAAAGGGGGCGCACUAUACGUUAGAACAAAAUUGUUAUAGGUUUGUUGCGUUCAUUGAACGCCGCCUUUCCUUGUUGAUCUUGUUUAUCAUAUUUUAGUAGCAAUCGCAUGGGAAACAAAACAGUAAGUUAGUGCCAAACUUUUAUAAAUGAAGGGCUAAUAAAAAACAAAACGCUGUUGGAUAUAAAAAUGCAUUAGUGACAAUUCCUUUCAAAUCUGUAACAAAGUUAUUCCCCGGAACAAAUAAUCACAACAAAAUUUCAUAUCGCUCAUGCCCCCCACUACCGGCUUGAGAGUGCUGGCAUCAUUGAUCUCGAAGGACCAGAAAAAUAUAACAACACUGAAGCCUUGUAAACGUUAGGGAAUUCGACUUUCGUAAUUAGCACUCAUUGUUUGCAACAUCCUAUGACUUACAAAUGUAUCCAAAAAAUGGCAAAUGUUCCCAGCAAGAAUUCAAGUUCGAUUUAUAGAGAUGCUUCAAACCCAAAGGUUAAAACAAGUCUCAGUGACUGAAAAUGAGUUCUGGUCGCAUAAAUAAUUCCGCCAGGAAGAGACAGCAUAUGCAUAAUGCAUUACUGAAUGCUUGUUAAUCACUUGUUCAAUUUACUGUUUAGUUCAGGAUAAUCGAAUAAAUGUCUCGACUACUGAAUUGUUUCGAAUUCAUUAUUAUAUAGGCUCUCUACAGCUGACAUCUGUAAAAUAAAUGUAUUACACAUGCCCCGCUGUAAAUAAGACAUACAAAAAUAUGUGUCUUUAAGUCAAAUCUACUAUGAAAAAGAAACAUUAUCCAAAUUACAAUACUGUAAGAAAAUAAAUAAAUCAAAGUC